GUGGACUUACUUGCUAUCGAGUCUUCUUUAAGGUAGGUGAUUAUGUGAAGAACCGGGAGGGAGGUCGCUCUGUGCCACUCGCACACAGCUCGAAUCUCUUUCUUCCCCUGUCCAGCUUCGCCAAAGCAGACAGAGCGCUCGAGAUCAUUCGAUGGCCAGCGAGAUCUUCUCCCUCAUCGCAUCAGCGACGAGCAAGCUACAUGCCCUCGUUAGCUCAUCAAUCAUCAGCUCAGAAGAUGUCAUCCAAAAUCUGAAAGAUAUCAAAGAAUUGGUGUACGAAGCGAAGGAGCAGCAGCGGAAGAUGGGAGAUCAAUCCAUCAACCAGUGGUUGAAGCAGCUCAAAGCUGUGGCUGUUGAUGCGGAGGAUCUUGUGGAAGAGCGUCUGUACGACAUGACGCGAAUCCAAGUAGAGGAUCAUCAGAGGAACCCUAGAUCUAUUCAUCAUACUAAAGGAAAGAACGAGGCGAAGAAGGAUGGGGAGCGGGUGAUUUCCGAAAGCUCUGCCUUUUCACGUAUCAUCAGAUUCGACAUCCCUAUUAACCUUCUCGAAAGGAUCGAGAAUAUCAGAUACCUAUUUGGUGAGAUCUCAAAGGGCUGGAAACCACAGCAAGUCGGACAGGCCGGCAAAAAAAGCUUAGAUCUCACAAACCUCAAUGUAUGCCUCCAUAAAUUCCUAACAAGAGGAGAGCAGCUGUUGCCGAGAACCUCAUCUCGAUCCCGCGCGUUUACUGUAACUGAAACAGAAAAUUUCCGAGAGUUAGUAAUCCUGUUUACGGGAAUCGACUCUGACUCUUCAGUCGAGCCUACAAACAGAGAUUUGCGGAGUGCGAGAUCUCAAGUCAUCUCACCAGCAUCUUCAGAUCCAAUAAGCAGUGUUACGGACGAUUUGAUAAUGAAAAACAUGGAGUGUGUGCCAGAGGAUUGCAUUCAAGGUGACAAACAAUUUGAUACCCCAAGUUCUAGUUCCAUGGCACAUGGAACUGCAGUAUCACAGGACACCGAAGCUCUUUGUCUCCUAGAUGAUGAUGAUAAGAACUGCUUUUUUGGCUACAGUAAGGACUCAUCACUGACCAACAAGAUAUUUGGAAGGGAUCAGGACAAAGAGAACAUCAUCCAGUGGUUACUCUUCGAUGCAAGUUCCUACUCUUUUGCAUUUACAGAUGGACGCAGGAGAAGUAAGUUCUCUGUGAUCUCAAUAGUUGGAACGGCAGCUGUUGGAAAGACAACAUUAGCUAAAUUGGUAUAUGAUGAUCCAGUUGUGUGUGAACAUUUCAGCGCAAGAGGAUGGAUUCAUGUCGGCAAUGAUUCCAGUGUUGCAAGAUUAUCUAAGGCUAUAUUGAGCUCCAUAACUGGAAAAUCUUGUGAUGAAAAAGAACCAAAUGAUCUUCAAACAAUUGUGCAGAGAGAACUGGCUGGGAAAAGACUUCUUCUGGUACUGGAUGAUAUUGAAGACCUAAAUCCAAGUCUGUGGAAUACUUUGCAGGCUACCUUAUGUGGUGUCAGAAUUGUUAAGUUUAUCAUCACUUCACCGAAUGAAGGGGAUGGAAACAUGUGGAAGCUUACCAAAAUUUAUCAUUUGGAUGUCUUGCCACUAGACUUAUCCUGGGAUCUGUUCCAUGAGUGUGCAUUUCUUAGUGCUCGUGCAUUUUAUAGAGGUUACACUCCCCCCAAAACUGAAAUAGUUGACAUUGGGAAGAAGAUUGUUCAGAAGUGCAAGGGAUUGCCUUUGGCUUUGAAAACUCUUGGCAGCAUUCUCAGCUAUCAAACUAAUAAGCAGACAUGGGUUGGUGCAUUGGAGAGUACAUUAUGGGACUCAACCAAAAAUGUAAUAUUGCCAGCACUUGAAUUAAGUUACUAUCUUUUGCCUAAGUAUCUGAAACCAUGUUUCCUGUUCUGUUCAAUGUUCCCCAGAGGUUACAAGUUUGAAAAAUAUGAGUUAGUGAGAUUAUGGAUGGCAUUACAGUAUAUUGCAUCUGAGGGCAGUAAAAGAGUUGAAGAUAUUGCAUGCCGCUACUUUUACGAGUUACAGAGGAUGUCAUUCUUUGAGAAAUUCUGGGAUGGAACAUUCAUUAUGCAUGAUUUGAUAUACAAUCUUUCAGAGUUGAUGUCUGAAGGAGAAUGCAUUUCUAUUCAGGGAGACUUGGACACUAUUUCUGAUCAUGUUUGUCAUUUACAUGUGUUGAGCUGCAAGAGAACACAUAAAUCCUCCUUUCUUGAAGUAAAGAAGAACUUGCGGACUUUCUUUUGUCAAAGUUUAGAUGGUACACUGCCCAAAUUUCUGUCAAUUCCAUCAGACAUGACAAUGCAAUAUUUGAGGGCCUUGGUGUUGAAAGUCCAUGGUGACUCUGGAGACUUCACAACAAAUCAGGAAGCAACCUUGAAACAAAGCAAAGCAUCAUCAAUUAUGUAUUCAAGGUUCAUUCACCUACGCCACCUUCAAAUUUGUGAUAAGUCCAUUAUAAUCCUGCCUACAUCUGUGUGCCAACUUUAUAACCUCCAAACACUGAUUUUGAAUAAAUGCUUUAUGUUAAGAGAAUUGCCAAAAGAAUUAGGAAAUCUCUUGAAUCUGCAAUGUCUAGCAAUUUCUGAAUCUAGCAUCAAAAGGUUGCCUGAGUCUGUUUCUCAGCUGUUCAACUUAGAAUCCUUGAUAUUGGAUUACUGCAGAAACUUCACCGACCUUCCCUUCAGAAUUCAAAACCUCACCAAUCUUCAUUAUGUUGGGCUUUCUGGAACAAGUGUCGGGGGUCUGCAUGAAUCUAUUUCUGACCUACAGAAAUUGUCAAUCUUGAAGUUAAACGAUUGCAAAAUGUUUAUGGAGUUACCAAAUAGUAUUAGGUAUCUUACUAACCUCCAGUCCAUUCAAAUUACUCAUGCAAAACUCCAAAGACUUCCUGAAUCAGUUUGUCACUUGCCCAAACUUCGACUGUUAGAUCUUUCCCAUAGUAUGGUUGUAGAGUUACCGAGUGGCAUAGGUGAACUUGUUGAGUUAGGUUAUCUUGGAGUAUCCCAUACAAACAUUUGUGAUCUUCCUGAAUCAUUGUGUCAACUAUCAAGUCUACAUACUCUGAAGUUGAAUGGUUGCAGAAAUCUCUCUAACUUACCUAGUGGAAUUGGAGCAUUGAAGAACCUCCAUAACCUUAUACUCUCUGGAACAGAUAUCGAAGAAUUACCUGUAUCACUUUGUCAAUUAUGGAACUUGCAAACCCUAGAGUUAGAUGGAUGUACAAGAUUUUUCAGAAUACCCAGUCAUAUUGGAGAUCUUACUAACCUGUGCCGCAUUAAACUCUCAGAUACUGCAGUAACAGAAUUGCCUUCAUCCUUAUGUCAGCUGCCUAACUUGCAAAUGCUGGACUUGAAUGGUUGCCACAAGCUUUCUCAGUUACCCAGUGGCAUUGGGAACCUUUCAAAUCUCUAUCAACUUGAAAUUACAGAGACAAGUAUCCGGGAGUUACCUAAAUCAUUAUGUCAGCUUUCUCAGCUAAGAAAAUUGAAUCUGAAUGGUAAUAGCAAUCUUCAAGAGUUACCCAGCAAUAUUGAAAACCUUGUGAACCUUCGCCAACUUGAACUGUCUGAAGUCGGAAUUGAGGUGCUUCCCAAGAGCAUUGCACACUUGUCAAAAUUGUAUAAGUUGAGUUUUGAAUAUCAGCAGACACCUAUUGCUAGUUACCUGUGAGUAUAAAUAGUCUGAUCAUAUUUUUAGCAAGUUGUAAUUGUAUUUAUUUGCUUACUCCCCCCCCAAGUUCAUAGCAUAUUGCCUCCACCGCUGCCAUUGCCUCCUCCCCGAGUUACUAUCUUUUGCCUAAGUAUCUUAAACCACCACGUUUCCUGUUCUGUUCAAUGUUCCCAGAGGUUACAAGUUAUGAAAAAUAUGAGUUAGUGAGAUUAUGGAUGGCACAACAGUAUAUUGUAUCUGAGGGCAGUACAAGAGUUGAAGAUAUUGCAUGCCGCUACUUUUACGAGUUACAGAGGAUGCCAUUCUUUGAGAAAUCCUGGGAUGGAACCUUCAUUACGCAUGAUUUGAUAUACAAUCUUUCAGAGUUGAUAUCAGAAGGAGAAUGUGUUCCUAUUCAGGUAGACAUGGACACUAUUUCUGAUCAAGUUUGUCAUUUACAUGCAUUGAGCUGCAAGAGAACACAUAAAUCCUCCUAUCUUAUAGUAAAAAAAGAAUUUGCAGAGUUUCUUUUGCCGGAGUUUAGAUGGUACACUGCCCAAAUUUCUGUCAAUUUCAUCAGACAUGACAAUGUCAUAUUUAAGGGCCUUGGUGUUGAAAGUCCAUGGUGACUCUUGAGACUUCACAACAAAUCAGGAGGCAACCUUGAAACAAGUCAAAGCAUCAUCAAUUAUGAAUUCAAAGUUCAUUCACCUACGCCACCUUCAGAUUUGUGAUAGGUCCAUUGUAAUCCUGCCUGCAUCUGUCUGCCAACUUUAUAACCUCCAAACACUGAUUUUGAAUAAAUACUUUAUGUUAAGAGAGUUGCCAAAUGAAUUAAGCAAUCUCUUGAAUCUGCAAUGUCUAGCAAUUUCUGAAUCUAGGAUCAAAAGGUUGCCUGAAUCUGUUUCUCAGCUGUUCAACUUAGAAUCCCUGAUAUUGGAUUACUGCAGAAAAUGCCGUUAGUAUCUAGAGUUGCUUAAAUAUCCUCAAUUCGUUGAUAUCGAGCUUAGUUUUAUCGUGUUGUACUAUGUUAUUUUAUUUUGUUCAUGUCUUUUAUGUCACUGGAUGUUGUUAUGUAAAAAAAAAUGAUGAAUAGAUUUGUGUAUAAUUGGGCGAACUCUCUAUGUCUAUCCCUAUGGUGUUGUUAUACUAGUAGCUUCUUUGUAAUGGUAUUGGAAGAACUUUGUUCUGAAAUA